CCUAUAAAAAUCCAGCAGAGCGUACAUACUUACAUACGGUGCUGUGCUUUACAUAGGCGAAGGCGCAAUCCGGGUUCGGUUUGACUCGCAAAGCUCGUCCAAGUUCGCGAAUUGUCACGACAGCUGUCAACCGCCCCCCGAAUAUCGUCGGAGAAUCAGCUGAUCGAGUCAUGAAGUACAUCCUGGUGACCGGCGGGGUGAUCAGCGGCGUGGGCAAGGGUGUCAUCGCCAGCUCGUUUGGCACCAUCCUCAAGCACUGUAACAUUCGUGUAACGUCCAUCAAGAUCGAUCCCUACAUCAACAUUGAUGCCGGGACCUUCUCGCCGUAUGAACAUGGAGAAGUUUAUGUGCUGGAUGAUGGCGGUGAAGUUGAUCUUGAUUUGGGCAAUUAUGAGCGUUUUCUGGACAUCACUCUUCAUAAGGAUAAUAAUAUAACAACGGGAAAGAUUUAUCAACAUGUUAUUACCAAAGAGAGACGUGGCGAUUAUUUAGGAAAAACAGUACAAGUGGUACCUCACAUUACUGAUGCUAUUCAGGAGUGGGUGGAGAGAGUUGCAAAUCAAUCUGUAACAGAAGAUGGAGCUCAACCAGAGGUUUGCAUAGUGGAAUUGGGUGGCACAAUAGGUGACAUAGAGGGGAUGCCCUUUGUAGAAGCAUUUAGACAAUUUCAAUUUCGAGUAAAGAAAGAAAACUUCUGUGUUGCUCAUGUGUCUUUAGUACCACAGCCAAGAUCAACAGGCGAACCCAAGACGAAGCCAACGCAAUCCAGUGUAAGAGAGUUACGUGGCUUAGGUUUAUCACCCGACUUAAUAGUUUGUAGAUCAGAAAUGCCUAUUGGUGAUUCCGCCAAGGAAAAAAUUUCAAAUUUCUGUCAUGUGGCUCCGGAACAAGUCAUCACUAUUCAUGACUUAACAUCCAUAUAUCGAGUACCACUUCUUAUGGAGCAUCAGGGCGUUAUAGAGUUUCUUAAUGAUCGAUUGCAAUUAAAUAUCGGAGUGCCACGUCCUCGUUCCUUUAUGCGAAAAUGGCGGGAUUUGGCUGAUCGCGUAGAUCAUCUGCGGAAAGAUGUCAACAUUGCUCUAGUAGGCAAAUAUACGAAACUCGAAGAUUCGUAUGCUUCUGUUACAAAAGCGUUGCAACAUGCUUCCAUUGAGGCCGGUUAUAAAUUGAAUUUGACGUUUAUUGAAGCUGCUAAUCUGGAGCAAGUUACAUUAAUAGAAAAUCCAGUCUUAUAUCAUGAAGCUUGGCAACAACUUUGCAAAAGCAAUGGUGUUAUUGUACCAGGUGGCUUUGGUAAAAGAGGAUUGGAAGGAAAGAUGGAGGCCUGUCGAUGGUGCAGAACAAAUGAUAAGCCAUUCCUUGGCAUUUGUCUGGGUCUACAAGCGGCGAUCGUUGAAUUCGCGCGAAACGUAUUGAAUCUUCCAACAGCAAAUUCUACAGAAAUUGAUCCGCAUACUAGUAGUCCUGUAGUAAUAGACAUGCCAGAGCACAAUCAAGGAAUGAUGGGAGGAACUAUGAGGCUCGGCAAAAGAGAGACUCGUUUCUGUAGUAAUAAUUCUAUCAUAAAGAAAUUGUAUGACAAUAAAGAUGUCAUAGAAGAAAGACAUAGGCACAGGUAUGAAAUAAAUCCGGAUUACAUUCAAGAUUUAGAAGCAGCUGGUUUAAAAUUUGUAGGUCGUGACGAUCAUGAAAAUAUACGAAUGGAGAGCCGAUUGGAAGGACAUAGUUACUAUGUAGCUACACAAUUUCAUCCCGAGUAUCUAUCGAGACCAUUAAAACCCUCACCACCGUUUCUCGGUUUAAUUUUAGCUAGUGUAGGCAAACUAAAAUAUUAUGUAGCACGAGGAUGUAAAUUUUCACCUCGUCAACUGAGCGAUAAUGAAUCAGAUGAUGACUAUAUGUUGGAGGGAAUGUCAAAAUUACACUUAUCUAGUAACGCAAGUAGAAGCGCUAGUAAUAUGUCAGAGCUUAAUGCCUUGUUUUGAGUAUAGUUUUAUUACUGUAAAUUAAUUUUGGUUCAUUCCAUUUCUUAAUCUGACAUAUCUUUCUCUGGUUUUACAUAAUUCAUAAUUAAAAACCUGAAACAUGAUAUAAACACAUGAUAUAUUGGCAAUAUAAAUUUAAAUCUUGAUAUAGUUUUCCAACUAUCUUUAAAAACUAUGAUUGAUAUAGUUUUCCAACUAUAUAAAAAAAUUAUAAAUUGGUAUCUAAAUAUAGUUUACAAGAGACAACAAAUACAUAAUAACUUUAUCAGGCUGUAUCUUGUGAGGUAUUAUAAAACCUUGUAUUUUUAUUAAUAUAGAUAUCUAAACAGAUUCGUAGAAAAUAAUUUUAUUUUUAUGAUUUUAAGACAUCACGCUCUCUUGUGUCAGAGAUUUAUAAAUAAUGAUUUUAUAUAAUUAAGAAUGAAAGAUAAAAUAUACGUAAAUAGUUUUUACGAUACAGCUUGAAUUUUAUUUUAAUUGUAAAACUACAGCAU